AUGGUGAGGCGAACGGGCUGGGGGGGGACCAGGGGGCGGUUGGGGCGGUGGGGAGACCUGGGGCCUGGAUCCAUGCCCCUGCUCCCCACGCCACUGCCUCCUCUUCCUCCUCCUCCCUGUCGGGGACCUGGGGCGGGGAGGGUCUCCUUCUCUCUGUCCCCUGUCCCUCCCACAAGAAGGGCCCCUUCCUCAGCUCCUCCUUCAGCCUUGGGGCUCCCCUCCGGCACCCCUCUCUGGGGUUCCCACUCUGCCCCUCCCCUGGCCUCGGGGACUCCCCCUCCCCCACGCCGAUGCCCCCAGGACUCUCCUGGGCUGCGGAUAGGCCCUCUGAUCCCCGAGCAGGAUUACGAGAGGCUGGAGGACGGUGACCCCGAGGGGUCCCAAGAUUCACCCCUCCAUGGGGAGGAGCAGCAGCCCCUGCUUCACGUGCCGGAAGGGCUCCGAGGCUCCUGGCACCACAUCCAGAACCUGGACAGCUUCUUUACCAAGAUCUACAGCUACCACCAGAGGAAUGGCUUUACCUGUAUCCUGCUGGAGGAUGUCUUCCAGCUGGGACAAUUCAUUUUCAUCGUCACCUUCACAACCUUCCUCCUGCGUUGCGUGGAUUACAGUGUUCUCUUUGCCAACCAACCAAGUAACCGAAUACGGCCUGGGCCACUCCACAGCAAAGUGACCUUGUCGGACGCCGUCCUACCCUCCUCACAGUGCGCCCAGCGGAUCUGCUCCAGCCCCCUCUUGGUCUUCCUGCUGAUCCUGGCUGCUGCCUUCUGGCUGUUCCAGCUGCUUCGCUCGGUCUGCAACCUCUUCAGCUACUGGGACAUCCAGGUGUUUUACAGGGAGGCCCUGCACAUCCCCCCGGAGGAGCUCAGCUCGGUGCCCUGGGCAGAGGUGCAGUCCCGCCUGCUGGCGCUGCAGAGGAGCGGGGGGCUGUGCGUGCAGCCGAGGCCGCUGACGGAGCUGGACGUCCAUCACCGCAUCCUGCGCUACACCAACUACCAGGUGGCGCUGGCCAACAAAGGGCUGCUGCCCGCCCGCGCCGCGCUGCCCUGGGGCGGCGGCGCGGCCUUCCUCAGCCGCGGCCUGGCGCUCAACGUCGACCUGCUCCUCUUCCGCGGGCCCUUCUCGCUCUUCCGCGGCGGCUGGGAGCUGCCCGACGCCUACAAGCGCGCCGCGCCCCCCGCGCCCCUGCUGGCGCUGCUGGCCCGCCAGCUCGUCUUCUUCGCCGGCGCGCCCUUGGCCGCGCUGCUGGUGCUCACCGUGUACGACGAGGACGUGCUCGCCGUGGAGCACGUGCUCACUGCCAUGACCGCGCUCGGGAUCGCGGCCACCGUGGCCAGGUCUUUCAUUCCGGAUGAGCAAGGCCAAGGUCGUUCGCCGCAGCUCCUGCUGCAGGCGGCCUUGGCCCACAUGCACUACCUCCCGGAGGAGACCGGCCCUGCCGGCAGGACCAGCUCUUACAGGCAGAUGGCGCGGCUGUUGCAAUACCGAGCGGUCUCCCUGGUGGAGGAGCUCCUGUCCCCUGUCCUCACGCCCUUGUUUCUGCUCUUCUGGUUUCGGCCCCGGGCCUUGGAGAUUAUCGACUUCUUUCGGCACUUUACUGUGGAUGUGGCGGGGGUCGGCGACAUCUGCUCCUUUGCCCUCAUGGACGUGAAGCGGCACGGACACCCUCAGUGGCUCUCCGAGGGACAGACCGAGGCCUCACUGUCUCAGCGCGCCGAGGACGGGAAGACGGAACUCUCCUUGAUGAGGUUCUCCCUGGUUCACCCACAAUGGCGCCCCCCAGGCCACAGCUCCAAGUUCCUGGGGCACCUGCGAGGCCGGGUGCAGCAAGACGCAGCCGCCUGGGGCGCCAGCUCGCUGCGCAGCCCCCCUGCCCCCGGGAUCCUCAGCACCUCUCCGUCCCCUCUGCCGGAGGCCUUCCUGGCCAACCUCUUGGUGCAGCCCCUCCGGCCGCCUCAAGACCUCAGCCCUACAGCCCCCUGCCCGGCCGCAGCCACGGCCAGCCUCCUGGCCUCCCUUUCCCGAAUUACCCAGGACUCAAGCUGUGUGUCCCCGGGAGGCACUGGGGGCCAGAAGCUGGCCCAGCUCCCAGAGCUUGCAUCUGCUGAGAUGAGUCUCCAUGCCAUCUACCUGCACCAGCUCCAUCAGCAGCAGCAGCAGCAGGAACUGUGGGGCGAGGCUUCAGCCUCCCCCCUGUCCCGGCCGUGGCCCAGCCCCCCACAGACCCUCUCUCCAGAUGAGGAGAAGCCAUGCUGGUCCAGUGACGGCUCCAGCCCCGCCUCCAGCCCCAGACAGCAGUGGAGAGCCCAGAGGACCCAGAGUUUGUUCCCUGGAGGGCUUCAGGAGCCCACAGACACCCAGAAGGAGCCUGGCCAGGCCACAGGCACUGACUGAGUGGGCUCCUCGGGGCUCCCUGGCUUCUCCAGUCACAGGAGAUCGGGCGAGGUGGAGUGGAAAGGCAUGCCGAGCCCUCUUUAAGACCUCCAUGAAUGCUUUAGUUGGGCCGGACUUGGGAGUCACUGAUGAACUCGCCCAGAGAACAGAGAAACGGUAGGAGAGGAGCUGCCCAAGGUCUCAGGAAACACGUCUUGGAGACAUUCCCCACGUAGGGGGCUAAGGGACAACUGUCGGUCCUGGAGCGGCGGCCCGGGAAGAAGGUACCAAGUGACCUCAUGCCGGCGGACAGGGCCAAGGCAGAGGCCAAGCUACACAUCAGGGAGCGAUGGGGGACAGGACCUGAAAGGCAGUAGGUGCUCAGACUCAUCUGGCCCUUAGGUUCCCAUGGGACUGCUGGAAGGGCAUGGGGACCGUGAGCGGAAAAGACUAGAGGGGCCUGCUGUGUUUGGAGCUCAUGGCGGUGUGACGUCUAAGAAAGUGGCUGUGGGGAACCAGCAGUGAAGGGUGCUCACAGCUGUGCUGCUCAUCUUUGUGACCUUAGUCCUGGACUCCCCACGCCUGGCAGCCAGGGCUGUCCCGGCUUCUUGUCAAGAUCAAGGAAGCCUCACUGGAGAACUGCCUGCACUUGGCUGGAAACCAGUUUUCUACAGGGCAGGGGUCAGAGAGGAGUGUGUGGGACAGGACUCCUCUGUCCAAGAGUUACCACCCCAACACCAUGUGCACAAGUUAAAAGACAAAGCUUGUCAUUAUUCUGUAACUGUAAUUGACAGCGCUGGCUUAGGCAUCUUAGUAGGUCUCCUAACUUCUGGUCCAGUCUCUUAUGGUAAAUCUUCAAUAAUAAAUAUUUGAAUGAUUUAGA